AUGAUUAAUUUGCUGCUGAGGACACCAACACUGUUGGCUUUGCCUGCGUUUAUUUUACUGUUCGCUGGUUUAAUGUUCGGCUUAAAUAUUGACUGUCGGAUUUACACGCAGGUUGGCGAUACUCUGUUGACAACUUCGAUUAUGCGUGAUUCCUGUACGCUAAGCAAACACGAACCUCUUCAUGAUGAUUAUGGUGAUGAUGGUGAUGAAGAUGAUCAUGAUGACGAUCAUGAUCAUCAUGAUCAUGUUGAUGACGAUUUCGGCGACGGCAACGAUGAUGAUGUCGUCAUUAUUAUUAUUAUUAUUACUCGCACAGUUCGUUUUACAGGGAAAAAAGUUUUUAUCUAUUUUAUUUAUUUGUUUAUUUAUUUUUACAUAUUUCACUUUUUUUUUGGCAAUUUUAUGACCAUAUAAAA